AUGGCCACAGCCGCUGGAUCACAAGGUAGCCGUCAGAAAUGCUUGUUCGGUUCACGAUGCAAGGUUAGGGACGACGCAGCUCAACUGUAUCAAUGUACUGUCUGCUCAAACAUGUUUCAUCAUCUUUGUGCUAGUGAAUGGAGUGAAGAGUGGAGUGAUUGUGGUUGCUCGACUCGCAACCCAAAAGGAACAAAGGGACCAAAAACUUCAGCGCAGCAGCAAACCCCAAAAGUUGUUCCUUCCAUCUCUGAAGAACAAAUCGCGGAAUCAAUUGUGGAAUACGUUUCAGGGACUAACAGAACUAGACGGGUAUGCAACAAGGAGAACGAUCACGACGCAGACGGAGUUGCAGAGAGAGAGGUAGGCGGAGACGAAGCCUCGGACGAAGACGAAGACGAAGAAGAAGACGACGACGAGGACGAUAACGAGGAAGUGGAGGAAAUGGAAGGCGAGGACGAACAAGAAACAAGAGAAAAAAUCGAGUCUGUCAAAGACAGGAUGCUCUCGGACAAUUCGAAGGCAUGUUACUUCAGUUCUGUAAGUCAGCUGAUUGCAUGGUUGUAUGAAACCAAACCAUUUUGUUUGAAUCACGAAUUCAAGAGUUGUUUAGACAACGAACCCAGAAAUCGUGGUCCAAUUACCAAGAAGAUCAAAGAAUUGUUGAAGAGAAGAGAAUUGUUACCAUUCAACACGAGAAGGUUCUCAUACAAGCAAUGGACCAGCUAUGUGGUAAAUGUCAUGAUGAAAAAAAAGUUGAAAUUCUCGUCAUACGUAGCUUUGAGAUCAGGUGUUAGGCAUUUCUAUAGAAGGCACCACAAGACCAAAACGUACAGGAGAAAGUUCGACGUUCAGAUAGCCGAUUUCUAUAAAG